AUGGCACCGGAGAAGCCCGUAGCAUCUUCUGAUGCUGGCGAUGAGACUGACCUAGCAAAGGUACGUCGAAGUGCACUGGGAAUCUUUCCAAAAUUGACCUGAGAUACGACAGGCAUUCCAGGAAGUUGCGAAAGGCGAGAGGGCGGCUGCAGCACUUGAAAAUCAGCUCAGCCAGAUGGAGGCUAGAAUAGAAGCUCUUUUAGCUCAAGCGGAAAAGGAACAACAAGAAGUUCACGAGGUGAAGCAGCAGAAGGCGUCUUCUGGGGCGAGUAAACCUAUGGAAGACUCAAGGGAAAACCGCAGCGGGAGCACGUAA